AUGACUUUCUUCCAUAGUGCUAAUUAUUUUGGUCAUGGUGGAGUAAAUGCUUCUAUUCCAUCUUCAUCAAUAACAAAUGUUUCCCAAGAGUUUGCUGAUUUCAUAAGCAAUUCACAGUAUACUGAUUAUUCAAGUUACAAAUAUUUAAUUGGUGUCAAUGAUCCACCAAUUGACUUCAAGGUGACCAAUGCUGCUAAAUAUUUACCAAAUGAAAUUGAAACAAUUGCACACUUAAAACUCAUUAGAGCAUUUUCAGUGAUGAAAAAGAGAGUUAUUGGCUCAGCUGAUUCCAACAAUGCUGCUAAUUUAUGGAGAGUUUUUGUUACCAGAGCUGUUCGUCGCUUCAUUGUGUUUGUUACUGCAAUUAAAAAAACCGUUGUUAUUCAAGGUAAAGCUUACGAUGAACCUUCCAUGUUUAACCUUGCCAAUACAAAAAAUUCCCAAUUGGUUGCUACAAUUAAUCAAUUGCUACCACCUUUGGACGUCAUUAUGGUCUGGCAUGCGUUUUUGUUAAAUUCAAAAUCAUUUUAUGACACCUUUGUGAGAUGCAACUUAUUAGACUUUGCUAAUGUCCCCUUGCCAUUGCAUAAUAUUGUCGCUUGCAUAGAUGAUUUCAGUUUUGAAUUUAAAGUGUCUCAGCAAUUCAAGCGCAACUAUUUGGAUUUAAUUAAAAAGUAUACUUCAUAUUCAUUGGAUUUGCAAUAUGACAUAAAUGAAAUCAACCUGUAUGGUGAUGAGAAGUUGUUCAUUUACUGUCCAAACUGUUAUGAAAAGCUUUCUGAGGGUAUUUCUUGGAUAAACAAUGAGAAUACUGGAUUUUCAAAUUCAGAUUUGAAUGCAACAAAUAUUAACUUUGCGCUGUCUUCUGAGUGCUACUGUACAAGUUUUCCAAUCAUUACCCAUGAAGAAUUAAGGAAGCUUCAAUUAUUUGCUGACGCCACAAAGGCUGGUACUUUACAAGGUGUGUAUAAGCAUUUUUCGAAGGUCAUUUCUGCUCCUGGGCUUGUUGACCGAGACCCACUGAAUUUGAGUAUUGAGAUGGCACUCCGAAUUCAGGAAAUAUGGGAAGACCACAAAUUUGAAGAUCUCCCAACCAUGGUCAAAUCUAUUAUUUCACAACUCAAAAAUCCAUUGACUGGAGUUUUGCUUAUGGAAUAUUUAAACAACCAAACAAUUAGCAUGACUGUCCCUGGUGGAAUUGAAAUUGGCUAUGAUUUGGUUGCUGCGGUCAUGCAACAAGAAAGAUUCAUAAACAGGAUGAAUAACAUUAACUGGUUACAGUCUCCAUUUAUUAAACAAAUUUCAACUGAUUCUUGUUCGAGGUAUGCUAAUUUUUUUACAAUGCUGUCUGAUCCUCGUUUGAAUCAAGGAAUAUUGAUUCCCACAUUAGAUAUCGAUUUGGUUUGGAGAACUCAUAGGUUGCAUUUAUCCGGCUAUUUCUUUGAUUGUCGUAGUUCUGCUUGUCAUUCAAUCAUUGAUGAUUCACUUCAUGAAGGAAGAUUGGACAAUAGCUUCAAAACAACUGCUGAUGCUUAUCAGUCCCGAUUUGGGGAAUCCUAUAACGUCUGCUACUGUCAGCAAUGUUUAAUUUCAAAAUCUGACGCUGCAGAAGUACCAGCAGCCAAUGAGCAUGUUGUUGAAUCCAAUUUUGAGAUAAAAUCAUUAUUUGACUUUGAUGCUUCAUCAUCAUUUGUUGGUGCAACAUCUGCCAAAUCUGGUAAAAAUAAGGUUGCAAAAAAAAGACCUAGGUCCAAAUCGAGUUCAAGUUUGAGUACAAGUUUGAGUUUUGAUUCAAACAGUUACUUCACACUUGAUACUAUAAUGAACGAUCCGUUAACUCCAAUUGAAGAAAAGUUGGAGGAUUUGAUUUCUCCUGUUUCCUGCAGUGGGCUCUCCUCGCCCAGUUUGAUGCCACUUAGUUUAUAUCAUUCGAUUUCAAGCUCUGAUUUUUCACUUUUUGAUGCUGGUACUACAGUUGGUGAAGAUUCAAGUUGUUCAUUAAAUGAUUUCGAUGUUGGUGUUGAUGAUCAGGCAAUUACCUUUGAUGAUAUACGAAACGAACUAUUGGAUUCAACUUUGUCAACAUUUUUUGGAACUGUUCCAGAGGGACAAUUUAACUUUAUUUAG